CGAACCGAGAGAGGACGCAAAGGCAGCCGCCGCCGCGCGCGAGGAGCUUCCGGAAGCGCCGCCCCAGAGGAGGAGGAGGAGCGAGAGGCGGUCGGAGAUGGGAGUCCCGGCGUUCUACCGGUGGCUGGCGGAUCGGUACCCGCAGACGGUGUCGGACGCGGUGGAGGAGGAGCCCGUGGAGCUCGAGCCGGGCGCCUUCGUCCCCGUCGACCUCCGCCGCCCCAAUCCCAACGGCCUCGAGUUCGACAACCUCUACCUCGACAUGAACGGCAUCAUCCACCCCUGCUUCCACCCCGAGGGCCGCCCCGCGCCGACCACUUACGACGAGGUGUUCAAGUCGAUUUUUGCCUACAUUGACCACCUCUUCGGCCUCGUGCGCCCAAGGAAGCUCAUUUACAUGGCCAUCGACGGCGUUGCGCCAAGGGCGAAGAUGAAUCAGCAGCGCUCUAGACGUUUCCGGGCUGCUAAGGAUGCGGCUGACGCGGCAGCUGAGGAGGAAAGGUUGAGGAGGGAAUUUGAGGCUGAGGGUAGGACUUUGGUUCAGAAAGAGAAGUCGGAAGCAAUUGACUCAAAUGUCAUAACUCCUGGGACACAAUUCAUGUUUGUACUCUCGACAGCGCUUCAAUACUAUAUACAGCUAAGAUUGAAUCACACACUUGGGUGGCAAUCUGUCAAGGUAAUAUUAUCUGAUUCGAACGUGCCUGGGGAGGGAGAGCACAAGAUUAUGUCAUACAUCCGCCUGCAGCGGAAUCUCCCAGGGUUCGAUCCAAAUACACGCCAUUGCUUAUAUGGCCUUGAUGCUGAUUUAAUCAUGCUUUCUCUGGCUACUCAUGAGAUCCACUUCUCCAUUUUAAGAGAGGUGAUUACCAUGCCAGGGCAACAUGAAAAAUGCUUUCUGUGUGGUCAAGUUGGGCACUUGGCUGCUGAAUGCAGAGGACCUGCCCAGGCUGAUAAGAAUAUGGAGCUCCCUCCUAUCCAUAAGAAGAAGUAUCAGUUUCUUAACAUCUGGGUUCUGCGUGAAUACCUGGAGAAGGAUUUGGAAAUUGUAGAUCCACCCUUCAAGAUAAACUUUGAACGCGUUGUGGAUGAUUUUGUUUUUAUGUGUUUCUUUGUUGGGAAUGACUUUCUGCCUCACAUGCCGACUUUAGAGAUCCGCGAGGGUGCCAUUAAUCUUCUCAUGAAUAUUUAUAGAAGGGAGUUCACAUCAAUGGGUGGUUACCUCACCGACGGGGGCGAGGUUUUGUUGGAGCGAGUGGAGCAUUUCAUUCAAUCUGUUGCUGUCCAUGAAGAACAAAUUUUCCGGAAGCGUGCAUGUAUUCAGCAGGCUAUCCAGAACAAUGAGGAGAGGAAUAAAGUGAAGACAGAGAACUCUGAGGAUAAUCAAUAUGUGGACAAGGUAAAAUUAGGAGAACCAGGAUACAGGGAGAGGUACUAUGCUGAGAAGUUUAAAGAAGAGGCAGAAUUGAAACCCAUUGAUCAAGUUCAGAGAGAUGUUGUCCAGAGAUAUGUGGAAGGUCUUUGCUGGGUUAUGAGAUACUAUUAUCAAGGUGUUUGCUCAUGGCAGUGGUUUUAUCCAUACCAUUAUGCACCUUUUGCAUCAGACCUGAAAUGCUUGGCUGAUUUGGAGAUUACCUUUUUCUUGGGUCAACCUUUCAAACCAUUUGAUCAACUAAUGGGGACACUACCAGCUGCUAGUUCCAAUGCAUUGCCAAAGCAUUAUGGGGAUUUGAUGAAUGAUCCAAAUUCACCAUUGAAGUCUUUCUAUCCCAAAGAUUUUGAGGUAGACAUGAACGGAAAACGUUUUGCGUGGCAGGGUAUUGCAAAAUUGCCUUUUAUCGACGAAAGGCGUCUGCUUGCGGAGACACAGAAGCUGGAAGAGACAUUGACAAAUGAAGAGAGAUUCAGGAAUAGGACAAUGCUUGACAUACUUUACGUACGGGAAACUCAUCCAUUGGCUGCCCAGAUGGCAUUUCUGUAUCAGAUGUGCUCUCAAUCACCAGAUGCUUCCUAUAUUAUUCCCAUCGACCCUGCUGCUAGUGGCAGAAUGAAUGGAUUUCUUUGUUUAUCUGAAAGGAACUGUUACAGCAUCACAGUAACAUCUCCAGUUAAGGGGUUCAAUGGCAUUGCCCGCAACAGAGUUCUGAAUGCGACCUAUCUUAACCCUCAGUAUCACAAACACAUCCCUGAGCCUCCUGAGGGUGUCAUUAUACCAGCAAAGAUUUUGAAGCCUGGUGAUUUCAAGCCAUUUCCUGUUUUGUGGCAUGAAGAUAAUAGUCGGCGACAACAAAGAGAAAGGCCUCAGGUUUCUGGAGCUCUGUCAGGCUCUGUCUUAGGAGAAGCUGCACAUCGCCUGGUGAAAAACUCGCUGCAGAUAAAAUCUGGCUACUCUGCCGGGCUGCUUGACAUGCCAUACAGGGGUGCCCCCCAUGGUCCUGGACACAGACCUAGGCCUGCUGGACCAUUGGGAUAUGAGAGGGGCUUUGUUGAUAAUUCAUACCAUAGAAACAUGUCCAGAAGCGUUCCAAAUUCUCAUCCUCAGUUCUUCGGUGACGCUCAAGCCAACAGACAGAAUGUGAGGAUACUGGAACGGCCAAACCCUCGAAACAACGACACUGCCAUCCAUUCAGGGAUGUCAAAGCUAACACUCCAAGAUGGCCCAAGGAUGCACCAAAACAACAGGAUGCAGAACUCCGGAUUUUCACCUAAUCAGACACAUCCCCAUCAGUAUGCAGGAUUCCCACCCCAGCGGCCAAUGCAGAACGCCGGUUUUACGCCACAACGACCUGCGCAAAAUUCAGGAUUUCCACAGCAGAGGCCUGUCCAAAUAGGACUGCCGCAUCAGCCAGCAGUUAAUGGGGUUCAACCGCCGUUACCCCCCAGUGCAUGGAUUGGCAGGCCAAUAAGUGGAGUUCCAGCAGGAGUACCUGCCAAGCAGGAUCUUAGGAUGGCCAUGGACAGGCAGCCUAAGCAAGAUAACUCGAGAUCACAGCAUGACAAGAGGCAGCAGGUUACCAAGGUACACGUCGCGACCUUCGCGGUGGCAGAGAAGGAGGACAAGGAGCUCUACAGGAGGAUCGUCGUGAGCUUCUCGUGGCGGAGGCAGAUGCCGCGCCUCGCUAUCACGCUUGGCCUCGAGGAUGAAAUGAAUGAUAUCAUUGAAGAGCUUAUCACUAAGGGGCAGCAACUUGAUGCCGUGAACUUUGCAUAUGAAGCUGGUCUUCAUGAAAAAUUCCCUGCGGCCCCUCUUUUAAAAGCCUACCUUGAGGACUCAAAGAAGAUACCCUCAAAUUCAGAUAACCUGAGUACUAGCACUGGCCAAUCUGGGACCAAUGCGAAUAAGAAGGAACAGUCCGCACUCCGGGCUGUUAUAAAGUGUGUUGAGGACCGCAAACUUGAAGCUGAGUUUCCAUUGGAGGAUCUUUGUGAGCGGCUGGAAGAACUGGAGAAGGCCAAGACAGAGAAGAAAAAAGCAGCAUCAAGCAGUUCCAGCGGUGCAAGCUCUGGUCCAGCCAACAAGCGCAUCCGGGCAAGCAAUGGAGGACCUAUGCCCCCUGCUAAGGCAGGUCGUCACACCGACUACACCGGUACACCAUCUUCGCCCGCCACCACAACCACCACCACAGCCGCCACAUUCGUUCGCUCCCCAUCCCAUGCCUCCUACGGUACAGCAUCUCCUUACUCUUAUGAUAGGCCGGCUGCACACCCCCUCUACUGUGGCCAGAACACACUGGCAAUGAGGGAGCCUUAUGCAUACCACCACCCAGUUGAGGUAUCCACCAUCGGCCUCAGCAUGUCAUACCCAUCCCCUCCCAUGACCUACCCUGCCUAUGGUGGAUACAGCAAUGGCCUGGCAGGCUACAGCAAUGCAAUGGCCCCAGCCUUUCACCACCACCAGGCUUACUACCGGUAGGAUCAGUCGAAGACGAUGAAAUGACAAGAGCUGAAUUGCUGAUGGCCCUGUUUUGUAGUGACUGACUACAACGGUAGGUGGGGGUGGGGGUGUGUUCCUUUUAAUACUAGAUGCUUGUGUUAGUUCUGCACGUUAUUAGCUCUCGCUACUCGGCACUACCGGAAAACUGGAUGUAAAUUAUGGAUGUGUUGUCCUUGGACCUCGUCAUCUUGUGUUGUAAUAUCAGUCUAAACCACUCCAAAACCGCAAAAAAAAAUUCGGCAUGUAAUCUUCAAGUGCUGAACUAUCUCGGAUUAAUUAAUGACUUAUCUUAUGUUAGAUAUA